GGCUGCCCGCCCCCGCCCGCGGCUCCGGAGGCGCCGGCGCCGGGAAAAGCCGCCGGCGGAACGGGGACCGGCCGGGAGCCCCGGGCCCGGGAGAGCCGGCGAGGAGGAGGAGGGACGGGACGGUCUGUGCCGCGGCCCCCGGCCCCUCUGCCACUUCCUGGGAAACAUGGAUGCCGGCUCUCUGGAUGCGGCGGUGCAAAGUGCUCUCCAGUCCCUCUACCCGCCCUUCGAAGCCACGGCUCCCACCGUCCUGGGCCAGGUGUUCCGGCUGCUGGAGACCAGCUACCAGGGGGAUGGGCUCUGCUGCCUGCUCCAGUUCCUCAUCCCCGCCAAGCGGCUCUUCGAGCGCCUGCGGCAGGCGGCCUGUGCUCCCUACUUUAACCGCAUCUUUCUCCAUGAAGGCUGGCCCUUGUGUCUGCACGAGAAGGUGGUUGUGCACCUCGCGCCACUCAACCCCCUCCUGCUGCGCCCCGGGGACUUCUACCUGCAAGCAGAGCCCUGUGAGGAGCACACAGCACGUGUCACCAUCAAACACCUCUCCCUGGACCUGCGCUCCGUGGAGGAGACACCUGUCCCCGAGGCCACCCACGCUCUGCUCUUCACCAACGCGUGGCUGGAGGAGGUGAACAGCAGCUGGGCCGGAGCUCCCCUGCACACCUGCCUGGUGGCCACCGAGAACGGCGUCACCCCACUGCCAUGGAGCCGGAUUGCCACGCCUGAGUUCACCGACAAGCCCAGGGCUGGAGCUGACAGUGAGCCCGCUGGUGCCUGGCAUGAACCUGCUCCUGAGACUGCACCUGGCACACCUGUGCCCCAUGGCACAGUGAUUGUCCCCACGCCCUGCAGCAACUUUGUGGGCACCAUCCCAGGCUGCAAGGCCACCUCUCGGAAGUCAAGCCAGGGACGAUACCCAGGACUGAUCAAGGUGGAGCAGGCAGGUCUGCAGAAGAAGCCAGCCAUGCUGGCUGUGCCCAGCCUCAGUGAAAUCAUCAGCCAGAACCUGGAGGGGGAGUAUGUGGACCUGCUGGAGCAAUCCCAGGAGGACUUGAAUGUCCUGACCAGAUCCCUGCUGCUCACCUGCCCUCCAGGGAGGAUAAGGGCUGGGGCUGAUGAGAUGCUCCCCUGGGCAAAUGGGGGAUCAGGAGCAGAUGCGUGGCCCUGUGGGGGAGCACUGAGCUCAGAGGAGAGUCCCUGCAGCCCGGCCCUGGGGAGGAAGCUGAGCCAGGAGCCAGGGCCACAUGGCCCAAAGAGCCGCCAACGUGACUCCUACAUGGCCGCGCUGCAGAACCCGGUGAGCUUCGGCUCUGGGCUGAUGGCAGCCAUCCUGGAGGAGCCGGACAGCCCUGGCUCCGAGCUGCCCCCUGCCACCCCCCGUGAGACCCCCGCACAGCACAGGAAGGGGGCUGGCAGCCCUGCACUCCUCACCCGCCAGUCCCGCCGAGCGACUCCUGGGGUGCCAGGGCGAGGGGGGCUGGUGCAGCGGGGCAGCCCCCGGCUCCCCCCAGGUUCCAGCCACAAGUUCUCCUUCCUGAAGGGCACACGGCUCGGGGCAGCCCCUGAGGAUGACAAAGUCAGCAGCCAGCACGAGGGGGCCUGGAAGAAGAUGUCGGCCAUCUACUCACCCAGGAUGGGCAGAGCCAGGGCAGCAGGGAAAGGUACGAAUGCAGCCACUGCUGCUCCUGUGGAGGAACGGUCUCUGGAAAGUUCCAGCUGCAAGAAUGGCCCCUCUGUGCCCAGCACUGGCACUGCUGGCCGGGAGCCUCCAGCCUGGCAGGACCUGCACGCUGGGCUGCUGCACUCGGGCAUCAUCUGCCUGCCAGGGAGCUCGGACAGGCUGGGCAGGGCCCUCCUCCUGGUGACCACCAGUGGCAGUGCCUGGCGGGCUGCGUGGUGCUCAGCUGCAGAGCUGGCAAAGCUCAUCCUCUGCCUCUGCUCCCUCCCCAGGCAAGAAAUGAAGAAUGGUGAGAGGCGAGAAGCGAAGGAUGUUGGGCUGACGGUUGUGGUGGAUGCCAGGAAGCAGCCGCCUGCUCCCGUCCUGUUCUCAGCCCUCCGCUCUGUCCAGAGUGUCUCUCCAGGCUGCAUUCACAGCAUGCUGCUCCUGGCCGAGAAGGAGCUGGUCUCCCACCGUGAGAAGCUGUCUGGGGUGCAGGUGGAGACCCUGACAUCGCUGAAGGCUCUGGGCCGCCACGUCGACAGUUCCCAGCUGCCCCCAGAGCUGGACGGUGCCUUCCCCUACUGCCACGGCGAGUGGGUUCAAUUCUUCCAGAAGCUGCAGCCCUUCACAGCCAGCCUCAGGCAGGCAUCGGAGCUGCUGCAGCGCUGCAUCCAGGAGCUGCGGAACACCAACGCACUGGCUGGGACACAGGAUGCAGCGGCAGGCAUCAGGAGGCACCGGGAGCUGAUGCAGACGGUGCUGGGUGACCCUCAGCUGGUGCGGGUGCAGCGCGAGGGGGGGUUCCUGCUGGCCAGGCUGCGCAGGGAGGCCGCGCGCCUCUGCGCCUCCGACCACGUCAGGACCGGUAUGGAGCUGGCUGAGGGGCUGUAUGGUCAGCUGGAGGAAGAACUUCACAACCUCGUGUCCCAGUCCAACAGCUGCCUGGAGCGCCUGGAGUUCCUCCGCAAGGUCCGGGAGCUCGAGACUGAGUUUGGCAAGCUGGGCUCCUGGCUGGAUGGGGAGGCAGCAGCUCGGCUGCAGGAGAUGGGCACCGAGGACUGGAGUCCCGACAGCCGCCAGGGCUCCGCCGAGCACUUCAAGGAGUUCCUCACCCAGGCCACAGCUCGGUACCAGCAUGGCCUGACCCUGUGCCAGGAGGCAGCUGAGGUCCGAGACACGACGUUCCCCGAGUCAGAUGCCUUCCAAGUGUCUGCAGCCCUUUUCCAGACAAAGCUGAUGAGCUUCUCCAAGCAGCUGGAGCGGCGGCAGGCAGAGCGGGAGCUGCUGCAGGAGCUCGUGCGUUUCUCCAACAAGGUGGCAGGGCUGAAGCUGGACUGCAGGCAGUGCUCGGCCCGGGCGCAGCGCGGGGAGGGCCAGGCUCUGCGGUGCCUGCAGAGAUCCUUCCAGAAGCUCUCGGUGGAGUUCGCCCUGGAGAAGCUGAAGGAGAUGAAGGCUCAGGUGCGCAGGAUGCAGAGCAGCCAAGGGCUGGCAGCCUGGACGGAGGCACAGCACAGGUACCAGGAGACCCGGCAUGUCCUGGAGGAGAUGCUGGCAGAACUGCAGGAGGCCUGGGAAGCACAAACUGAUGGGCAGGGAGGCUCCUCCUGCCCCCCCAGCCCAGGGUCUGCAGCUCCUCACAUGGAAAUGCCAGUGUGCAGAGCAGCCCCCUGUCCUGAGCCAGCAGUGCUGGGGGGCAGGGGGUUGGCAGAGCAGCCAGAGACCAGCACUGAGGGGCCAGGACAGCCCCAGGGGCAGGGACAGUCCCAGCCCAGCACCACUCCUGGCUCCAUGCUGGGUGUGGAGCAGAGCUCUCUGCAGCCCCACUGCCAGCUGGGCCCUCAGGGUGCCCACACCUCUCACCACCACAUCUCAGCUGACACCCCCCAUCCCAAACCCAAGAGCAAAGCCAGCCUGGGAGUGACAGGACACGUGGCCCAGGAGCGCAGCCAGCCCCUUCGGAGGCGUCCCUUCACCCUGCCUCCCUGGACACGCUUCCCAGGUGCUGACCCACCAUGCCCUGCUGCCGUGCCCCAUGGCACUGCCUCAGAUCCCAGCACAGCUGGUGCACCAGCGGGGCCACGGGCAGAAGCUGCCCAGUACUUCCAGAUUUCCAGCCAGAGCAGCUUCUCCUCUGAAGACUCAGAUUCACAGAACUCUGUGGAAGAAGCCCCAGCAGCAAGCCUGGCUUUGUCCAGGGACCUCCAGAGUCCCAGACCACCCUGCCCAUCUGAAAAGGCCCAGCAGAUCAUUUACCUGGAGAACCACCACACUGAAAGUUCUGCUAAAGCAAACGCCAAGUAACCAAUUCCUCCAGCUGAGGCUGUUUCUGUCCAGCUGCAUGUGUUGUGAUCACAGACUGGAUGAGACUUGCCAUGCUCAGAGGUGGGAUGCUGGAACUUCUUACCCCACCUUCAGUCCCAGAAUCUUUGGUUUCCUGUCCUUAGCGCUCUCCCUGCCGUGGAUCAGCAGUAAUUCCAUCACCAGCUCACAGGGUUCAUUCACAAUCUACCAGAUGUGUAGCAAUCCUCUCAUAAAGUGCCUUUAUCCCUACCAGUGCCAGCCUUGUCUCAGGGUGGGGAGGGUUCCCACAUUGGAAGCUGUGCCUGGAGCAUCCCAGGGGAGUGCAGACCUGUGAGAUGUUCCUGUUACUCACUGUGCUCCCUGCUCCUCUGGAUGGUUUUACCAUCCCUGUGCUGCUGCUGCAGCCCUGGCUGAGCCCCAGCAGUGGGCCCUGGGCUUGUGUGUGCUCAUUAACACGGGACUAACUCCAUUAACAUCAAUAAACCUGAAGAGAAACA